UCCACGAUGCGAUUCCUACCACUCCUCCUCUCCAUCCCCCUCGCGCUCGCCCAAGGUCCCUCAAAAACCGGUGAUCCCGUCGUCUUCGGCGAAUCCGGAUCGUACCCACGCGCAAUUCACCUCGCCAACGGCAAUCUCCUAGGAACCUACACACGCUGGGACCAAGGAAACAACACCCUAGUAACAGUCCUAUCAACCGAUAAUGGCCAAACCUGGAGUCCGCACGGCGAAAUCGCGACCGAGCCCACCGCAACCCACGACCUCGAUAAUCCCUACGUGCACCACCUCCCGAACGGGCAAGUCCUCGCCGCGUUCCGCAACCACGACCGCGACGAGACGGGCUGGACACACUACCGCAUCAUCGUAUCCGUGUCUUCCGAUCUAGGCAAAACAUUCACGUACCUUUCCACGGCGGCCGAAGCGCCCGCGGGGCCGGGGGUCUGGGAGCCGUUCAUGCAGACGGCGCUCGACGAUAGCGUGCAGCUGUACUACUCGAAGGAAGUUUCCAACGGGGGAGGGCAAGACAGUAUUAUUGUAACGUCGCGGGAUAAUGGGAAGACGUGGAGCGAGGAGACGGUGUUUACGGGCCAAGCGGUUGGAAGUCGGGAUGGGAUGAUUGGGGUCGCGCCUAUUUCUGAUCGGUCGCGGACCAAAGUGGCGAUUUUCGAGACCGGGGAUACGGCGGUGAGCCCGACGCAUUUCACUGUUAUGGUGGUGCGCACUGAGGAUGAUGGCGUCACGUGGGGGGACGAGAGGAUCCCCGUGUAUGAGCCCCAGGGGUUCGAAGCUGGCGCGCCGCAGAUUAUUAGGGUGGGGGAGAGGUUGGUUGCGAGUUUUGGGUCGAAUGAGAAGGGGGGCGUUUGGCCGCAGGGUGCGCUGGAGGUCAUGGUUAGUAGGGAUGGGGGGUUGAGUUGGGGGGAUAAGACGGUUGUUAAGGAGAGGCCUGCCAUGUGGUCGGGCAUGAUUCAUGUUGAUGAUGAUAGCUUUCUGGCCUUGUAUGAGAGUGGGGGGACGUGUUAUGCGCAGAAGAUGUCGUUUUAAGAAUGUUGGGCGCAUGUUGGAUAACUCUACAUAUGUACUGAACUCGAGAGUUGGUGAAUUUAGUGGCU